CGUCGCCGUUUUGAUCUGAGUCGUCUCUCUUCACUCGCCGGAGAGAGAGGAGACGAAGAAGAAAAGACGACGGAGAAAAAAUGGCGGAGGAGCAGAAGACGAAACCAUGCCGAUUCUGGAUUUGGGCCUUAACUUCCGUAUUUUUCCGAUUAAUUCUGAUCUCCUUCAAGGGAAAUCUCAAUCUCUCUUCCCGUCCGGAGGUCUCGACACCUCUCACCAGCAUUCGCCGCCUUGCUGAAGGUUAUUGGUUGAAGCAGGCAUCGAUGUCACCAUACGCAGGAUCAAUGUAUCAUGGCUCACCAUUGCUGCUCUCGGUUCUUGGACCUCUCACGGUUCAGAGGAUUAAAGGGCAACCAAGUCAUCUCUUGUGCAGCUUGGUAUUUGUUAUUGCAGAUAUAUUAAGUGCAAUGCUUCUUCGAGGUAUUGGUCAGAAACUCCAGAUGGCUUAUGGAUUGAAUGCGAGACUACUUGGCUUUCUUAAGUCAUCAAGGGAUAAAGUGAUCCUACCUUGUGGUGAUAUUGCUGCUCUUGUGUAUUUGUGGAAUCCAUUCACCAUAGUUUCUUGUGUGGGUUUAUCAACUUCUCCAAUUGAAAAUCUGGCCGUCAUACUGGCUCUUUAUGGAGCAGUUACUCGACGAGUUCCUCUGGCUGCAUUUGGCUUAGUCAUGGCCACACAUUUAUCUCUUUAUCCUGCAACUCUUGCAAUUCCAAUAAUUAUUCUAUUGGGAUAUGGUUUGGAUGCUCCUCCUAUAAAAUUGUUCCUUCAGACCAGAAGUGUAGAAAAUGAGAAGAGUUCAACCUCUACUGUUUCUAAGCAAGCCAAGUCGAAACAGACUACACGCCUUCCGUUCUUAUGGAAAACAGUUGUGCACUUCUUGUUCUGGGUACUUCUGUGGUCGCUUUAUGUGCUGGUUUUAUGCGCCUUAUCACUGAAUAAAUAUGGUGGGCUUGAGGAAAUGUUCAAGAGGACGUAUGGUUUCAUUCUCAGUAUUGAAGAUCUUUCACCAAACAUUGGAGUCUUUUGGUACUUUUUCGCAGAAGUCUUUGACUUCUUCAGAAACUUUUUCCUGAUAGUUUUUCACGUUAAUAUUCUGUUUAUGUUACUCCCUUUAGCCAUACGGUUAAAACAUCGGCCUUGCUUCCUGGCUUUCAUAUACUUAGCGAUCUCCUCGAUUCUUAAAUCUUACCCUUCAGUUGGAGAUUCUGCUUUAUACUUGAGCUUAUGGGCAUUGUUUGUCAAUGAGUUAGUAGAUAUGAAGUUCUCCUUCUUCCUCUUCUGUGGAUAUCUUGGGAUUUCUCUCCUCAGCCCUGUGAUGCACAAUCUCUGGAUAUGGCGGGGCACAGGAAACGCAAAUUUCUACUUUGGAAACGCUAUUGGCUACGCGUGCUUUCAGAUCGUUUUUGUGGUUGAGAGCGUAAGCGCAAUGCUAAACCAUGACAGGGCUCUGAAGAGAUCUAACUCGAACCAUGGAAAAAGUCAAGAGCUAAGCCAUUGAAGGUCAUUGCGCCACUUUUCUAUUACACGUAAAGAAAAGAGUUUGGUCUUUCGCUUAACGUUGGCCACAUCAUGUGAUUGUUGUGACUUGUGAGUUCGCUUUUCUUUGUUAGAGAAACAUCAUAGAAAUGACAAAUCUUCAGUGCCUUGCAGUUAAAAUAACAAUUUUUUUUUUUGUUUCUUUCUUUGUUGUUGUCAAUCAAACAAUUCAUUUGCACUCUGUACCAAGACAACAAGUUGAGAAGUGGUUCUGGUCUGAAUUAAUAUAAGGAAUUGAUUAUACAAAAA